CCGGUUUCUGUUGUGAAAAUCUGUGGAUCCGCAGGGAAAUAUUGAGACAUGGGACCACGUUGACCCACGCCACGACACGUGUACACAUUUCACAUUUUCCUCGGCCCUCAUUCCAGCAAAGACACAUUUUUACUCACUUCAGAGCAAGACUUCACGAGAAACGGCUAUGGAUUUUGUAUUAUUAGUAUGGAAUGGAAUUAAUUGCUUGCAGAAAAGAAGCGCAAUCCAGUCAAGAUUACAAGGAUUUUGCUCAUUUACUACUCAGCAUUUCUUUAUCCUGGUUUUCUCUUUUCUCUUCUGGGGUAUUCAAUUCUUGGGUUUUCAAUCUCGACUGAGAGCUCUGCUUGCUCAAGUAGAGUGAUGGCUUCUGCUUCUUCUGCAUUAACGCCCACACAAAUUGAAUACAUGGAGAACCUUAAACAGCUUACGGCUCAGCUAUUAACGCCUCCUCCUGUCACUGACGACCUUCUAUGCCUCCUUGAAAAAGUUGAAAGAGCAUUGCUUAGAAUGGUGUCGGGUCCUCACAAGUUGAUCACAACUGAAUUCAAUGCUAUCAAAGAAGCACUGGGUGAUAGGAAGUUUCUGUUACAUCCUAAUAAAUUCAUUGAAACUUGUGUCACAUCAUGUAUCGUCGAAGUUAUGAGGGUAACAGCACCAUCUCCGCCGUAUGAUAAUGAGAAAAUGAAGAUUGUUUUUCAUCAAAUUAUAGCAUCGGUUGAAUCUUUACCUCAUGUGCUUAGCGGCUACUAUGGAAGGUGUACAUCAAUUCUUGCACGCAUGGUAAAGAUCAGGGGGUUUGUGGUUCUGUGGGAUAUUGACGAUUGGUUAGCUCUAAACAUAUUCCAACUGCCCCUCAAAAUCAUCAUGCCCUACCAUCCCGAACGUGAAAAAGGAAACAUGGAAGCAAUCAUGGUCCAAAUGAUAGAAGAAUGUGACAAAAUAACAUUGGAUAUUCUUUUUCCCCUUUUUGAAUGCCUCAGAAAGCAAACUCAGAUGGAUGCACCUAUGUCAUCGUUGCUGGCACAUCAAGUCUUGGAAAAGUGUGCUGCCAAACUAAACCCACAUCUUUUAGAGGCAGUUAAGCUUUUGGGCAUGAAAGUGGAGGGUUAUACUGACCAAUUUCUCACACUAUGCCGUAAACUUGCUGAGGAAGAAAAAGUGGUGGAAAAAGUUGGUGCUUUAUCUGCUAUAGAAGGAACAUCUGAAGUUCAACGACCUGAUGCCACUCCUAGAGCAAUGAAUAUUGACAACUUUAACCAGGAGUCUAUUGGAUCAUCAUUGAAGGCAAAGUGUAGCAAUCAGGCUGAGCAGCUCGAAGAUGCAGAUAUACCUGAUCUUCACAACCAUGAAAAUACUAAAGAUUUGCAACAAGUAGAUCCGAGUGGACUGCCGGAGAAGAUAGAACCCACUAAGGAACAAGAUUGUUUGGGAAUAAAUGGAAGUGAAAACUGGGUUGAAGAACCUAAUAAUAUUUACAAGAAGGAACAUGAGAAGCAAUUGGGUAGCUCUUCUGGGGAUGCUACUUCAAAGGAGUCACCUUUGCCAUCUGAAACUGAAAAGCAUAUGUCAGAGAUGACAGAGAGAAAUGGACCUUCCAAAGGAAAACAGGGAAAGGGUUUAUUCAAGGAUGAUGAGGCAACUCCCAGUGUAGUUACAAAGAAGGAAGUACAUGAAACAGUGGGUGAGGUGGAGAAGGCACCACCAGUUCAACCAAAUGAUCUCCAAAAGGUGGGAAAAGGUGUUGCUCUAUCUUCUAUAGAAGGAAUAUCUGAUGCUCAACUACCUGAUAUCACUCCUGUAGCGAUGAAUAUUGGCAGCAGUAAUCAGGAACCUGUUGGAUCACCAUUGAAGGCAGAGUGUGGUGAUCAGGCUGAGCAGCUAAAAGAUGCUGAUGAAGUAGUCAGUGAGGUGGAUCUUCCACCUUUGCCACCCAAAACUGAAACACAUAUGUCAGAGAUGGCAGAGAGAAAUGGAUCUUCCAAUGGAAGACAGGGCAAUGGUCCAUGCAAUGAUGACGAGGUAACUCCCGGUGUAGUUAACACAAAGAAGGAAGUCGAUGAAGUAGUCAGUGAGGUGCAGAAGCAACCUGUUCAAAAAAAUGAUCUCCAAAAUGCAAACACUAGAACCAAGCGCAAGAGGAAGCAAGCUUUGAACAAAGAAAAGGUCAAGAAAGGUGGUGCUGUUUCUGCUAAAGAAGAAACAUCUGAUGUUCAGCUACUUAAUGUCACUCCUAAAUCAAUGAUUAUUGACAACAUUAACCAGGAUCCUAUUGGACCACCAUUGAAGGCAGAGUGUGGCAGUCGGACUGAGCAGCUAAAAGGUGCCGAUAAGCCUGCUGAAGUCCAUGAAAAUACUAACGAUUUGCAACAGCAAGUUUAUCCUAGUAGACUGCCAAAGAAGAGAGAACCCACUAAGGAACAUGAUCGUUUGGGUAUGAGUGGAAGUGAAAACUAUGUUGAAGAACCUCAGAAUAAUAAUUAUAAAAACAAGAAAGAACAUGAGAAGAGAUCUGAGGAUGCUACUUCAAAGGAGUCACCUUUGCCUUCCGAAACUAAGAAGCAUACUCACAGAAGGGCCCAACCAAAUAAGAAAAAGUCAGAGAUGACAGUGAGAAGUGGAUCUAAAGGGGCUAGGUCUUCCAAAGGAAAACAGGGCAAGGGUUCAUGCAAGGAUGAUGAGUUGGAAAAAGGUGGUGCCAUAUCUGCUAUAGAAGGAAUGUCAGAGAAAAUAGAACCUAAAAAGGAACAAGAUUGUUUGGGAAUGAAUGAAAGUGAAAAGUGUGUUAAAGAUAGCGAAAAUAAUAACAAGGAGCAUGAGAAGCAAUCUCAGGAUGCUACUUCAGGGAAGUCACCUUUGCCACCCAAAAUUGAAAAGCACAAGUCAGUGAUGACAGAGAGAAAUGGAUCUAAAGGUGCACGAUCUUUCAAAGGAAAACUGGGCAAGAGUCCAUGCAAGGAUAAUGAGGCAACUUCCGGUGUAGUUAAAAUAAAGGAAGGAGAAGAAGAAAAAGAAGGAGGAAUCAGUGACUUAGAGAAGCCACAUGCUCAAAAAAAUGAACUCCAAAAUACAAGCACAAGAACCAAGCGCAAGAGGAAGGAAGUUUUGAACAAAGAAAAGGAUUCUAGAAACCACCCUAUUGGUAAGGAUUAUGGAGAAGAGUUGAUUGGUGCUAUAAUAAGAGUUUGGUGGCCCGUUGACCGAAUGUUUUAUAAGGGAACAAUUUCUUCUUUUGACCCUGAGACGAAGAAACACAAGAUCAAAUACAUUGACAACGAUGUUGAAACCUUGAACCUCAACCUUGAACGCUGGGAAAUGCUUGAAGAGGCCUCAGUCAAGGAAGAACAUGUAUUUGAUUCACCUUCUUUGGUAUCUACUGCGGCGGGGGAAAAGGCAAAAAAGGGCACCUCAAAGAAAAAAGAAUCUGCUGCCUCAUCUUCAAAAGGGCUUCGAAGAAAGUAGGCACAAGCAGUGGCAGCAAGCUUGGGAAAACUAUCAAGUCAGGCAAAGCUCUAUCCAAGGAUACUGAGAAAACUAAUUCAUGAAUCAAAGAAGGGGCUGAAGAAGUAACAUUAGAUGAAUGUGAAACGACCCGCAUGGUUAAAAAAUCUACAGCUGAUCCUUGACCUUGCAGCCAGUCAGUACAAGUAGUUUGUUUGUAUCCAUUUUCUUUGAGCAUAACUUAUGAUGCAUGGGUUUCGUUUGCGGGAUAUUUGCCAACAUAACAAUGAUGAUAUGAAUAAUGCCAGACGUCACAUUAGACUCAUUUAUUUUUUCUUUAUACAUUAUAUCCUUUUUUACCUUAACAAGGUAACUUUUAAUUUGACACAAUAUCCUACAUAAUGGCUUAUGUAGGAAUAUAAACAGUCUUGGUUCACAAUAUAAUCAGGAUCGGAAGUAAUUUGCCCCG